UAUAACUUCUAUUUCAUUCAUAUAUUUCUCUUAUUUCUCUCCAUUACUAUAUUUCUUGAUCAUGUUGUCUGCAGCUAAGAGUAGUCGUGUGCACAAAAUACAAAAAGAUGGGAUGACGGAUUUGAUCCGUUCAAUCGCGGCGGAGAAGCAUGAAACUGGCCAACCAUUUUAUGUACUGGAUUUGGCCACAAUUGAAAGGCUUAUGGACAAAUGGAACCAUUCUUUUCCAAAUGUAAAGCCUUUCUAUGCUGUCAAGUGCAACAGUGAACCUGCACUUCUUACCAAACUAGCCAACUUGGGUGCUAAUUUUGAUUGUGCCAGCCUACUCGAGAUUGACACUGUCUUAAAUCUCGGAAUAAGCCCAGACCAAAUCAUAUUUGCUAACCCGUGCAAGGCUAUUUCCCACAUCAAGUACGCAGCCACUGUCGGGGUCAAUCUCACAACCUUUGAUUCCAAGCUCGAAGUUGACAAGAUCAAGCAAUGGCACCCUCAAUGCCAUUUGUUACUCCGAAUCAAAGCCCCUAGUGAUAGUGGCUCCUUGCGCCCCCUCGGGAAAAAGUUCGGCGUGCUGCCCGAAGAGAUUGAACCGCUCCUGCAUUAUGCUUGUUAUGUGGCUGGCUUAAAAGUUGUAGGUGUUUCAUUUCACGUGGGAUCCAUAGCACAAGAUCCCAACAUCUAUCGUGAGGCGAUUGCAAAUGCCAGGGCCGUGUUUGAUGUCUCCGAUUAUCUCGGAAUUCCUAAAAUGCAAAUUUUGAACAUUGGCGGGGGAUUUAGAUCGACCCCAUUGUUCGAGGAAAUAGCUGGUGUAGUAAAUGAAGCAGUUCAAGAUUAUUUCCCCGAGCCUUAUUUAACAAUAAUCGCGGAGCCAGGACGAUUCUUUCCUGAAACGGUUUUUACGUUAGUCACGCAUGUGAUUGGUAAAAGAGUUAGAGGUGAGAAAAUAGAGUAUUGGAUUGACGACGGGAUUUACGGAUCAUUUAGGCCAACACUUUAUAACAGUUGCUUUGUGGGUAUCAUUCCACUUUCGCUCAAGGCAUCAGAAGAAUCUAGUCAAAUGUGUGAGUCAACCAUUUAUGGACCAAGCUGUGAUUCCUUGGAUGCAGUGGCCAUAGACAUAAAAUUGCUGGAGCUUCAAUUGGAUGAUUUGAUAGUGUUCUAUAACAUGGGUGCAUACUCAAAAUGUGCAGGAACCAAGUUCAAUGGAUUUGAUAUGUUAUCCACACCUAUCUAUCUUGCUAGCACCAAUUCUAGCUAAAGCUAUAUGUCCGAAACAAUGAAAGAAUUGGAGCUAGCUCUCCUUGUU